CAAGAUCCAAGAACACGCGCGUAUCUGGAGAAUACUUCGAGUUGUCAAAUCCUCGGGUACUAGCGACCCUUCCUUAGACUCCGUGUCUUCUCACUCUUCGUUCGUGAACCCCAAACGGGAAAUCCUGUGCCUCUAUCAGGAUUCUUCGAACGUUCGUUUCGUGACUGUGACGGAUUUAACCAAGAGUCUGCCAGUUCGAUACAGAAAGAAGAAUAAGAAUUUGGAAUCUUCGUACUUAGCGCUACUAAUCUCGCGGAUGAAGUGUCCAAGCUUCGAACAGUCUAAGGACAGCAUUAGACUCUACGAAGACACUGUCUCCUUCUUCGUUAACAUUGAUCAUUGUUUGAAUGUCACGCGCACUUGCCACUUGGAGUGUCAAGUGUAAUUGCAGCCUGCCGAGAGUUUAAUUUGACAAUCGAGUUUUAUAAGAUCGUUUGACAGGGUUGUUAAAGAGUAUCGUCGUUGGUCGACGUUCAGACAGGAAGGACUGGAGUGAAUUCGACGGUGAUUAGUCAGUGACUAUCGCCAGUAAAUGAAGGAACGAUCGAACGGUAACGUGAUAACCGUGUUUGGUUGGCACGUGGAAAGUAGGCGAAUCCGUUGAAGAGGAAAUCCUACAGGGGACAUCACGGUCUAAAUGAGUAUGACCGACAAAUACACGCGUGUAGUACCUUGGCGAUAGAGAAACCUGCCUUGUAUGGUUCUCUUCCUUCCAUUCGCUCUCCUCCACGAAACUGUUGUGCGUUACAUAAAGAGGGAUUUUACUGGCCAGUUAAUGAACCCGGUUGUGCGCGCAUAUAGGGAACGUCUGUCGGCGACCUUACGAAACUACUCUUCGGCGAUAAAAACCCGAGACUGCUGAGCGAAAAUCACGGAUGAUCAUUGACAUCGAGAAUCAAGAAUAGCAUCAUCGUGAUCCAACGGAAGCGGUCGUGAAAGUGUAAUUCGGGUCGGUAACGAGUGGCAAAGAAGAUCAGUGAAAAAGAGAUCGAGGCAAAAUCGAACUCAUUUCAACGGGAAAAAAGUGUAACAUGCUUGUUGACUGUGUUUUAAGGACAGAUCGUGUGUAUCUCCGGAAACGAUGCUCGGAGAAGUGACGUGAAGCAAUACUUUCGAGACGUAACACAUCGUAGAUUAUCUAUAACGAGAUUUCUACGGUGCGGCAACGAUAAACAGAGCACGAAUUACCCAAUUAACUUAAUUGCCGUGAGUCUUAACAGUGAGACACAAGCUGUAUCGAGUAACGGUGUUAUCGCUUUCGUGAUCAGCAGACAUCGUUGAUGAGGACAGGAUAAGGUCUCUUGAAUUUGGCAACCUAGACAAAGGAUCACGUCUGUCACCUGGUCAGAGUGGCGAUCGUAAAUCAAAAAAUUUGAAAUUGACGGCAAUUUGGAGAUUCCAGUGAUUCGCGUUAGAUUCUCUCGAAACAAAGUUCAAGAUGAAGUUCAUAGGAUCUCUGCUUGGGAUCAGCUCGCCCAAGAAGAUGGGCAAGGAGUAUAUGAAAGUGGGGAGAAACGCUCUGUUCGGCCCGAGGACCAACCAGGAUGGCCUGUACACGGACAAGGUACCUGGACCUUUGUCUUUCCUCAUUUCGAAGAACGGGAAACUUAAGCACGGUAGACUGUCGGCAAUUUUUAUAGGAAUUCUGACGCUCGUGAUCGGCAUUAUUUUAAGCAGCAUUCCUUGGGUGGACUAUAUUAUAUUAAAGCAACUACGAUUAUGGAAUGGUUCCCUUUCCUUCCAAUACUGGCAAAAGCCCGGGGUAGUUAGAUUGACCAAAGUAUACAUAUUCAAUGUAACUAAUGCAGAGAACUUCUUGCAAUAUAACGAGAAGCCGAAAUUACAAGAAGUUGGACCGUUCGUGUAUAGGGAAGAUAUGGAAAAGGUAAAUAUUGUUUUCCAUAACAAUGGUACUGUAAGUUAUCAACACAAAAAAAUAUUGAACUUUGUACCAGAGAUGUCAAAAGAUAAGGACCUCAAAGUAACGGUACCAAACAUUCCAUUACUCACGUUAUCGACGCAAAGCAAGAGUUUAUUACCCAUAUUUACCUUCGCAUUAUCCAUGAUCUUGAGGGGGAUGAACAUGAAACCAUUUGUGCCGGUGACUGCGCAAAAACUCGUUUUCGGAUAUGACGAUCCGUUGGUCAGCAUUGCACAUCGAUUUUUCCCAAAACCGAGACGUCCUAUGAGUCAAAUGGGACUUCUUCUUGGGAGGAAUGGUACGUUAGAAGAAGUAUCUACAAUAUUUACGGGACAUACAGAUAUGAAGGAGUUUGGAUUAAUAAAUCGUUUAAACGGAUUGGAUCGUCUGCCAUAUUGGCCAAAGGAGCCUUGUAACUCGAUUCGAGCUUCAGAAGGAUCUUUUUUCCCACCCCGUGACAAAACUGGUUCCGAUAUCGUGCAUGUUUGGGAUAAAGAUCUGUGUCGUACAUUACCCUUAAAAUAUCGUGGUCCGACUGAAAAAUCAGGAAUUAAAGCAGAUUUAUACACUCCCCCUGAUGAUGUAUUUAGACGUCCCGAUGAGAAUGCUCCAGAGAAUAAAUGCUUCUGUUCAGACGACAUGUCGACUUGUCCUUCGGACGGAUUGCAAAAUAUUAGUCCGUGCCAAUACAGUGCACCGGUUUAUCUUUCUUUCCCCCAUUUCUACAAGGCAGAUCCUAAUUUACUAAAUGCAGUUCACGGAUUGAAACCAAAUCGAGACAUACAUGAAACGUACUUUAAAAUUCAACCGAAACUUGGUGUGCCGUUGGAAGGGAAAAUCCGAGUACAAUUAAACUUAAAGGUGGAACAACAACCACAGAUCGGUGUCGUGUCGAAUUUUCCGGACAUCGUAUUCCCUAUCAUGUGGCUCGAAGAAGGUAUCGAAGAACUGACACCUUCUAUCCGCAGAUGGGUCUAUCUAGCAACGACAUUUAGCGAUAUUGCUGCACCUUGUACCUCGUAUGGAUUAAUUCUAGUCGGUAUAGUAAUCAUAUUCGCCGUUCUCGUAAAGGCUUACAACAACGUGAUGUUCACGCACGAAGCGAUCGAGUUAGGUAAACGGACCAUCAGGAGAAGUUCGACGUUGUUGGUGAAUGAGUACAAGUUAUUAAUGACACGAGAACCAUACGUUUUGCUCAGUAAUGAUAAGAACGAGAAGACAGAAAGGAUAGAGGUCUAGCUGAUAGUAUAAAUUUUUUUUUUUUAUAAUACCCCAUAUAUGUUUAAGUGCGUACAUUGCGUAGAGUGACGUAAAACUCGCCUCGCUGUAUAGCGUUUGUAACCUUUUGAUACUGUACACCAAAGUUUUCGUUCCAAUUACCUGAAGAAUACAUCGAUACGUAUCGAUUGCAAUAGCACGCGUUUGGCAAACAUUCAACAAUCACUUGAAUAUAUUUUUCUUAUUUUGUUUUUCUUUAUCUGUAUCUGUGAUUUCAUCCUUUUAUUUAUAUCGUUGAUGUACGGCAGUGCGAAAGAGAUUGUGUUUGGACGAACAGAAGCGGCUAACAAAACGGUCAAAAGACAAAGCAUAAGA